AUGGAGGAACAAAUGGUCAUUGAUCAGACAUCUGCGCCAACAACCACAAGUACAACCCCGGUUGUUCACCACCACCAGCCAACGCCUCUAACGCUUACACAGAACUUCCAAGCAAUCACGAGUAACCAGCAGGUGGUUUUAGAUUGGAGAUAUGAGAUGAGACGCCAAAUGCAGGAAAUUCUCCCUGGGCUCUUUCUGGGCCCAUACUCGUGCUCAAAGAACUUGGAACUUUUAAAAGAAAAAAAAAUUACACAUAUCGUAUUCAUACGUGACCCCUCAGAAAAGCAAAUUCUACGCCCCCGUUUCCCCGAGCACUUUAAAUAUUUUGAAAUCGAAGUGUCGGAUCAUCCGAAUGAACGGUUAAUCCCACAUUUUCCACAGGCAAAAGCAUUCAUUGACGAUGCACUCUUACAUGACGGAAAAGUAUUCGUUCACUGUAAUGGAGGGAUCUCGAGAAGUCCGGCUUUUGUGGUGGCGUAUGUCAUGGAGACUACCAAGAUGGAUUAUCAACACGCAUAUGGAUUCGUUCAAAAUCGAAGAUUUUGUAUGAAUCCUAAUGAAGGGUUCAAAGUGCAAUUAAAGGAAUAUGAACCUAUUUACUCAGCACGAAAUUCGGUUAAGGAACAUCCAUACACUCAAACUGAAAUUCAGAGACCAGCUUUACGAAGACCUGCAGAAUUCGAUGAUGAACCAAAUGAAUUCGAGAUCGCCAGGAGAGCGCCAUCUUUUCAUGAAGAAUCCACGGUACAAAGGUGA